GUAAAAUGGAUUUAAGACAUACGGUGAAGGGAAAGACGAAGUUGGUUCUUUCAGCCAGGAGAAUGAAAAGGCGGCUACCACCAGAAUUUCAUGCUAACAGACGUAGAAGGAUUGAAGAACAAACCUUAUCGCUCGAAGCGCCUUCAUCUUCCCAGGCUGACAGUGUUUCAGCAGAUGCCAUUUCUGUAUCCACUGAGAACUUUCAACCCAGAUAUGAUGAGUAUCCAGAUCUAAUAGUUGAGCCGGAUGGAAGACCACCCAAAGACGAUUUUAAUAUUAUUUCUGGCCGAUUUAUUGUGGACGGCAAACAUCUUGUGCAAGAAUUGAGAUCUUUGGACUACCAUAGAUACGAGUGUGAAAAAAGUGAUAAUGGUUAUAUGACACUGGUGUCUUCAACUUCAAAAUCAUCAGAAUGGACAAUGAAGUUCGUUGUAUGGACAGCUCCACGAACCAGCUGCCAUAAAUGCGUUUCAAGAAAUGGAAGAAAUUCAAGUUCAGCCUUGCGGUUUGUUUGUUGACAAAGAACAUGACUUCUUGGCGGCUUCACCUGACGGACUGGUCGGAGGUGAUAACUGAUUGAGGUGAAAUGUCCGAAGUCUGCUGAAAACCUCACUAUCAGCGAAGCCGUGAUCAAAGUGAAAUCAUUCUGCUUGGAAAAACUACGUUGUGGAAACGUCCGUCUCAAGAAAAACCACAAUUAUUAUUACCAGGUAAAUUCAUAGGUGAUUUUUGAUAUAUCUAAGUAUGUACAACUUUUCUUAUCAUAAGCUA